GUAUAAAUAUCACCUAAAUCCAUGUUGCGUUUAUAUUUCUAUAAGUGCAUUUUAUCGAAAGUGUAACGAAAAAUGUGGUCAAUAGUUUUGUUGCUUGUAUUUGGCAGUGCGUUUGCCAGGCCUGCUUCUCAACCCUUAUAUCACAGUCAGUACGUGAGUGCUCAAGCUAUUCCAACAGUGCAGUAUAGGACACAACCUGAUGCAACACAAUAUCUUACACAAGUGAACUACGGGAGGGGUAAAGGGCAAGGUCUCCAACAAUAUUCAACACAUCAAGCUGCAGAUAGACAGGCACAAAAGGCCCAAUUUGGAGGUCCACAUUAUCUGCAACAGAUUCAGGCUGCCCAACAACAAGCCGAACCGCAAGAAAAUUAUCCUGUACAAAGAAAGGCAACCCUACAAUCCUUCGGCGGACAACAGCAACAAGUGAGAUACGUGCCACAAAAACCAGCUGCUCAGGGAUAUAGACAGAAUGAACAGCAGAAAAUAGAGCAGGAAGAAGAGGAGGAAUACGACCCAAAUCCCUCCUAUCAGUUCGGAUUCGACGUCAAGGACGACCUCUAUACAAACUACCAGAAUCGCAAGGAACAAAAGGAGGGAAACAAAAUUACUGGAAGUUAUUCCGUGGUGGAUUCCGACGGGUUCCUACGUACUGUAACUUAUACCGCAGAUCCCAAGGAGGGAUUCAAAGCUGAGGUUCACAGACAACCAACUGAUAUUGUUGUGAAAAUACCAAAAAGGGAGCCACCUAAUUUCGAGAGACAUAGACCUGACCAACAGUAUCUGCAGGCUAUACCUUUAAGAAAAGGACCAACAAGACCUGCGGAGAAAGACAAUGCUUCCUACCAGUAUCAGUAGUUUGAUAA